AUCCAAUCCAUUAACAAUGUGUUAUGAAUGCAAGUUUAUAAACCUUGGACAAUCUGCAACCCUUUAUAUAAGCCAAGGGUCUCGCGAAGUGUUUUUACCUCUCCCUUGCGAUUUCGAACAAAUUCAUCACACCAAGUUUUGAUCAAGCGGAACUAAAGUCGAGCCCCUUUCUCUGAUUUCGGAAACGGGUAGCGUAGUUGUGUUUUGAAUUGCCGAUAGAUUCUGGUCUUCUAGCAGAUCAGCCAUGCCGAGAAGGCGUGAUGCAGAGGAGGAACUGGACCCUGAGGACGAUUACGAGGAGGAAGAGGAAGAGGAGUAUAACGGCAGCGGAAAGUCUGGGAGGAAGAGGACAAGAUCUGAUUUUAUAGAUGAUGUGGCUGAAGAAGACGACGAGGAAGAGGAGGAUGAGGACGACGACUUUAGAGGCAGGAACCGCAACAAGAAGAGGGUUUCGACAUCUCAUUUUAUAGAUGACGAGGCCUUAGUGGAUACCGAUGAGGAGGAAGAGGAAGAAGAUGAAGAAGACGGGGCUUCAUAGUGGAUAAUGAUUCUGAGGUUCGUGACGGAUAUGAUUCAAGACAGAUUCAUCGCCGCCCAAUUUUAUCACAGGAGGACCAAGAUGAAGACUUCGAGGCACUUGAACGGAACAUCCAGGCUAGAUAUGCAAGGUCAAGUCAUGUGGAGUAUGAUGAGGAGGCAACUGAUGUAGAGCAGCAAGCUCUUUUGCCAUCUGUCAGAGAUCCCAAGUUAUGGAUGGUGAAAUGUGCGAUUGGUCGUGAGAGGGAGGUGGCUGUCUGUCUCAUGCAGAAGUGUAUUGAUAGGGGACCGGAAUUGCAAAUAAGAUCUGUUGUAGCACUUGAUCAUCUAAGUAACUUUAUAUACAUUGAAGCAGACAAAGAAGCUCACGUGAGGGAGGCUUGCAAGGGCAUGCGCAAUAUAUAUCCAGCAAAAAUAAUGCUUGUUCCUAUCAAAGAAAUGACUGAUGUCCUUUCGGUUGAAAGCAAAGCAGUUGAUCUUGCAAGGGACACGUGGGUCAGAAUGAAGACAGGACAUUAUAAAGGGGACCUUGCAAAGGUUGUAGAUGUAGAUAAUGUAAGACAAAAAGUUACAGUGAAGUUAAUUCCAAGGGUUGACUUGCAUGCUCUUUCGAACAAAUUGGAUGGAAGGGAAGUUCCUAAGAAAAAAGCAUUCGUUCCUCCUCCACGUUUGAUGAACAUAGAUGAGGCUAAAGAGAUGAAUAUACCUGUUGAUGGUAAGAGAAAUCAAAUGACUGGUGAACGUUUUGACCAUAUCGGGGGCAUGAUGUUCAAAGACGGAUUUUAUUAUAAAACAGUAGCUAUGAAAUCAAUUAGCUCUCAUAAUAUUCACCCAAGUUUUGAUGAACUUGAGAAAUUUCGUCAACCCGGUGAGAGCGGAGAUGGUGACAUGGCUAGUAUGUCAACACUGUUUGCGAAUAGGAAGAAAGGUCACUUUAUGAAGGGUGAUCGUGUCAUUGUUAUAAAAGGGGAUUUGAAGAACUUACAAGGAUGGGUUGAAAAAGUAGAGGAAAAUACUGUUCACAUUCGACCAAAUGAAAAAAACCUUCCUAAAACUCUAGCAGUUGGUGACAAAGAGCUUUGCAAGUACUUUGAACCUGGAAAUCAUGUAAAAGUUGUAUCUGGUGCAUCUGAAGGCGCAACUGGUAUGGUAGUCUCAGUUGAGGGGCAUGUGGUGAACUUAGUGUCUGAUACUACUAAGGAACUUAUCCGUGUAUUUGCGGACACUGUUGUGGAAAGCUCUGAAGUAACAUCUGGUGCCACUCGAAUCGGAGACUAUGAGCUCCAUGACCUUGUGCUACUAGCCAAUAGGAGUUUUGGUGUAAUUAUACGUGUAGAGAGUGAAGCUUUCCAGGUUCUGAAGGGGGUUCCGGAAAAAGCCGAGGUAGCACUUGUCAGGCUAAGGGAGAUAAGAGGGAAGGUUGACAAGAAAUGGAGUGCUCAUGAUCGGUUUAACAAUACAUUAGCAGUGAAAGAUGUUGUCAAAGUUCUUGAGGGACCUUGCAAGGGAAAGCAAGGUCCUGUGGAACACAUAUAUAGAGGAAUUUUAUUCAUCUACUCCAGUCAUCACCUCGAGCAUGCUGGCUUUAUAUGUGCCAAAGUGCAAUCUUGUGUCUUGGUUGGGGGAUCACAGGCAAAUGGUGAUAAAAGAGUUGCCCCCUUUUCAUCAAGGUUUGGACAUCUUAGAACCCCACCUCUUGCUCCACAAUCUCCGAUAAGAUCACACAGGGGUGGUUCUCCAAGAAGCUUCGGAGGAAGACAUGGUGGAAGAGGAGGUCAUGAUGCUUUAAUUGGCACCGAUGUAAAAAUUCGCCUUGGGCCAUUCAAAGGUUGCAAAGGUCGGGUUGUUGAUUUGAAAGGAACUUCGGUUCGAGUGGAAUUGGAAGCUCAGAUGAAAGUUGUCACAGUUGAGCGUGAUUAUAUUAUGGACAAUAUAAAUGUGAGAACACCUUUCAGGGAACCAUCAAGAUAUUCGUUUGGAAGUGAAACCCCAUCACACCCUCCACGAACUCCACUGCCAUCCAUGACCCCCAUGAGAGAUCCUGGAGCAACACCUAUACAUGACGGCAUGAGGACACCAAUGCGUGACAGAGCAUGGAAUCCAAUGAGCCCACCCAGGGACAAUUGGGAAGAUGGCAAUCCAGCUUCCUGGGGAUCUAGUCCUCAGUAUCAGCCUCCAAGCCCUCAUUCAAGACAAUAUGAAGCACCCACUCCUGGUUCUGGCUGGAACAACUCCUCCACAGGCAGUUAUAGUGAUGCUGGAACUCCAAGAGAUAAUAGUUCAUCAUACGCUAAUGUUCCAAGCCCUUACUUACCAUCAACUCCUGGUGGGCCGCCACCGAUGACCCCAAGUUCUGCAUACUUGCCUGGAACUCCUGGUGGGCAACCAAUGACUCCUGGGGGUGGCAGUCUGGAUAUGAUGUCACCUGUAGUAGGUGGAGAAGGUGAUGGGCCUUGGUUUUUGCCUGAUAUUGCUGUAAACAUACGGAGAGCUGGGGAAGAGAAUCUUGCGGGGGUAAUUCGAGAAAUUCACGCGGAUGGUUCCUGUAGUGUUGCCCUUGGUUCAAGUGGUAACGGGGAAUUAAUCAUUGCUGCCCCAAGCGAGAUUGAUAUCAUCGUUCCAAAGAAGUCAGACAAAAUCAAAAUUAUGGGCGGCGCUCAUCGGGGGGCUAGCGGGAAGCUUAUUGGUGUGGAUGGCACUGAUGGAAUUGUUAAGGUAGAUGAUACUCUCGAUGUCAAAAUAUUGGACAUGGUUAUCUUGGCCAAGUUAGCAUAGAAGUCUCUUGCACUGCUUAGUGCUGAUUGUUUUCACUAGCAAAGUAGCUGGCUGUGCUGAUAGGGGAGUUAUUUGCCGUUGUUUUAUUUAUAUAUAUAAAUAAAUGUGCGUGUGUAUUUAUAUAUAUAGGUGCAGAAUAUAUAUCAAUUUUCCCUUUCAAAUUCGUUAUUAUUGUGUGAACUGUGAAGUACAAUGCAGAAUAAUCGCUCUGUUUUUUGUACCUUGCUACCUCUGUAUUUUUGUUAGUAAUUACAAUUAGACCGAAUGGUGAUAAAUUUGCCAUAGUAUGACGAGGAAUUGCAAGC